GUCUCUGCCUUGUGCGCAUGGGCAGAGAAACUACCGCUUGUUAUUAUUGUAAGAAUAAUUCCUCUUAUGAAAAUGGCGUCGAGUCAGGGAGGUGUGGGAGCUGUAACGGCUCUUCCAAACCAUCACUUAUCCAACGGACCUCACUGGAACCCGGGGAUCAACCAGCAUCAGCUCCACACGGCCCGGAGUUUAGACCGCGCUCUGGAGGAUGCUGUGUGCUCAGGAACGUUGAAUCUUAGCGGGAGGAAGCUGAGAGACUACCCUGGACUGUGCUAUGAUCUUACUGAUACAACGCAGGCAGAUCUGUCGAAGAACAGGCUCACAGAGAUUCCCCCAGAGGUGUGUCUGUUCGCCCCCCUCGAGUCCCUCAACCUAUACCACAACUGCAUCAAAUGCAUCCCAGAAACCAUCAUCAACUUGCAGAUGCUGACCUAUCUCAACAUCAGCCGGAACCUUCUCUCAACAUUGCCAAAAUACCUGUUUAGCCUCCCCCUCAAAGUGCUGGUGGUGAGCAACAACAAGCUAGUGUCCAUCCCAGAGGAAAUUGGGAAGGCCAAAGAGCUGAUGGAGUUGGACAUCAGCUGUAAUGAGAUCCAGGUGCUGCCCCCUCAGGUGGGGAGGCUCCAGGCCUUACGGGAACUCAACAUCAGGAGGAACUGUCUUCACAUGCUGCCUGAGGAGUUGGCGGACCUGCCACUCACCAGACUUGACUUCUCCUGCAAUAAGAUCACAGAGAUCCCUCCUGUCUACAGGAGACUCAGGCAGCUGCAGCACAUCAUCCUCGACAACAACCCCAUGCAGUCCCCACCUGCACAGAUCUGCCUGAAGGGCAAGGUGCACAUCUUUAAGUACCUGAACAUCCAAACAUGUAGGCUGAAUAAGAAGCCUGACUCUCUGGACCUCCCCUCCCUGGGCAAACGCUGCCUUCCCCAGCCUCUGACAGACAGCAUGGAGGAUUUUUACCCCAGUAAGAACCACGGUCCUGACUCUGGUAUCGGCAGUGACAACGGGGAUAAAAGACUGUCUACGACGGAGCCUUCUGACGAUGACACCAUCAGCCUGCACUCUCAGGUCUCAGAGACGGCCCGCGCCGACGCCCUCUCUCUCCUCUCCAAGAUGGACUCAGGCAAAGAUCAGGAACCCUAUGAUUUCAUCGAGCCCAACCCAGAGGAGGAUAAUGCCCUGUCAGAGGGGGACGGGCAGCAGAGUGUUGGACCCUACAUCUCCUGUAUAAAGGAAUUGGAGAAGGUUCUUAACAAGUCACACCAAAGCAAAGAUAAGGAAACCUGGAAAGAGGAGUCUGGCUCUGAUAAAGAUCAGCUAGCUGAGGAGGAGGAAGAGGAGGAGGAGGAAGAGCUGAAGGAGGUGCUGGACCUGAGGAAGAUUGCCGUCCAGCUUCUGCAGCAGGAGCAACAGAACAGACGACGGUCCUUAAUUUGUAGAGCAGAGAGUCUAAUUCAUCGAAGGAGAGUUGCCGGCCGUGCACACAGGUUCCUCAGUCACUCUGGCAGCUCCAGCAGCAAGCAAAGGUCCCCCUCUCAGGCUAUCCGCAGUGCCUCUCUAGAUGAAGGGAGCAGUGGCACGUCAGUGCUGAGUGGGCAGGACCCUGACUUCACAGACGACGACGCCGCUUUCUCUGAGCCCUCCUCUUCAUGCUCCUUCGAUGGCAGCCUGAAGUCCGAGUCAGACACGGAGCCAAAGUGGCCAGAGGUUCCACCUGUACUCAACCAGAAUGAGGAGCGCAGGAGGAACAAGUAUCUGAGGAAAGAUUAUCUGAAGAACAAGUGCCAGAGUGCCCGAAGAAACUCCAGUGGGAAUGACGAGUGUGAGGAGGUAUUGCGGAACGCUGAUUUCAGCACCACCCUCACAGUGUUUGGCCUUAAACCAAGAUCAGCUUUUUGUCGAAGCAGCCGUCAGGAGCCGUCAGACCCCAGUUUCACCAUGCGGAGGAAGAUGGAACACCUGAGGGAGGAGAUGGAGCAGGUUGGCCUCCUACGGCAGAACCUGGAGUCCAGACUGAAGGUCUUGCUGCCGGACGAUGUGGGAGCUGCUCUGAUGGAUGGCGUUGUCUUGUGCCAUCUGGCCAAUCACAUUCGUCCUCGGUCGGUGGCCAGCAUCCAUGUACCCUCGCCCGCAGUGCCGAAGCUUAGCAUGGCCAAGUGUCGCAGGAAUGUGGAAAACUUCCUGGAUGCCUGUAAGAAGCUUGGUGUGCCACAGGACAAGCUGUGUUUGCCCCACCACAUCCUAGAGGAGCGUGGGCUGGUGAAGGUGGGCAUGACUGUCCAGGCUCUACUGGAUCUGCCAGCCUCCAAGCCCACCCAGCUGUCUGCUGUCUAACAGCAGCCUGGACACUGCCUCCACCCACCCUGUCCAGUCAAGCCAUUCACCCCCUCAGUCCUACACCCCACAGAGGAGGGGGCUUCCAGCCCGCUCCGCUCAUCACCAGAGAACCCUUAGGGGCGAGGGGCCGGGGGUUGCAUGGAGUCCAUUAUCAGCUGAUUGAGCCAGGAGAUGGAGGGGUUAAUUCAGAUCCUCUAUAUGAUGUCAGCUGGGACCUGCCUCCCAUCCAUCAGAUUGUUAGCUUCUGUCAUGUCCUACCCUCAGGGGACCCUACUGUACUGUGUGUGUGUGUAGAGUACCAGUGUGACUCUGUGUGACCUGCGCAGUGUGGACUUUAUGAGUGCUGGUGAACAUAAAGCCAGGUCAGAGGUCAGACUAAGGAGGGAAUCGCAGUGAAGAUGAAGACCUGUCUGUCACCAUGGUGAUAUUGACUGGCCCAUGGUCAGACACCAUUGAACCUAGUGGUGCCAACACUGAAGUCACUGGGUUUUCAACUCUCGGUAUUAAAAUACAUUGGUAGUGAAGCGAUAGCUGUUUUAAAGGCAUGUACUCACACUCUUACCCAGAGAACUUAACUGCAUGCAGGCCCACCAGCCAUACCACAUAACUCAAGUGGUCCUUAACCUCUUUGACUUUUCUUUGUAGAACAAAUUAGCAUUCAAAUUGGAUUUUGAGUCAUAUUUGUACAAGAGCAUUGUGUUCUAUCACAGUAUACCUCUGUUUGAUAUCUCAGAGGUAAAGCUUGGGAUGUCCUUAACAGUGCUUUACCUCAGAGGAGCCAGCAGUAGCUAAACCCCAGUACACACACUUCUUACAGUCUGCAUUUGACUAGAGUUAUUGUACUGUCCAUAACAGUGCUAUUUGGGGGAAGAAUGCUAAGUUUACUUUUAAAAGCAUGGUGUCCAUGAUUCAGAUGGAUGUUAAAACUGCAGCACAUCCGCGUAGAGACUUUCUCUCCUGCACAAGGUUGCUGAUGGUGUUGGUCUCAUGUUCAGUGACCCAUCUGUCUACUGCUCUGCUGUGGUGAAGGGAGGAUGCUCUGAGGUACUGCAGGUGGUUUUAAUAGCUCACCACACUGUACAGUAUACGAGAGAGCCAUCCCACUGUCACGGGACCUUCUGUCAAAUGCAGACCUAAAGACAUAAGACUACUGUGACUGCAUGUAGCUUUGAUUUGAACCACAUGUUCAUUUUCAAUAGGACUAGUUGAAAGCACAGGGGUAUGUUGUUGGGAUAUUGUACCAUAUACACAUACAAUCCUGAGAUUUUAUCUUUUGGUCAUUUGAUGCAAUGAAACAUAUUUUUUUUGAAACUUUUUUUAUUAUGUUGAAAUAUUUCAUCUUUAAGUUUACAACUUGCUCCUCUGGUUGGAUUCACAUCUGCAAAACGUCGAAUAAGGAAAACAAAAUAAGCAAUUAGGUGAUCCCAUAGAUUAAUCUUACAUAUUUUCAGGGAGACUAUUUAUCUAUUUAUUUUUUUCUAUUUAUGUGCUUUGUUUGUUUGUUUGUUUCAUCCCUGAUGACCCCCUUAAGUUAUGUGACAGGAGUUUUUAGCUCCAAACUGAUGAUAUUGUCCUGCUUUAAUGCUGCAUUUGUAAAAAUACAAAUAGUGGGAAGUGGUAAUUUACCACCAUAGAGUUAGAUAGAGGACUCUAUUUGAUAAAACUUGUUUUGGCAUUGCCAUUGAGGGCUUCACCAUUUUUAAAGGAGUCAACUGGGUGGGACUUCCUGUGGGUGAAGGAAGGAUCACAUCAUUCCAUCCGGGUCAUCAGGAGGCAUCAACCAAUAAAUUAUACUCAUGAGCAAACAUUCCAUAACUCUAGGUGGCAGUAAAUUGCCAUCCUUGGCUUUAUACCUGUUCAAACAACACACUCUAGAUGGCAGUAUGCACCCUUUCAGUUUGUUUGCCAACUCACAGAAGUAGUCAAAUUGACUACAGCCUCAAUGGCGCUGCCUGUGCGCUCACAGAGGCCAUAAUGAAACAUGUAUGAAGAUCUCUACCAUUCUCUAUGUUUACCACAUACAACUAGGAAAAAUCCAUUUGAACAGCCCUCCAACUGGUAAUUACUAGUGGAAAACUUGUCUCAUCCUUGAGUGGGAGGUAGGAAUUUACCAGUUGUGAAAACGUAAAUACCAGUUGGAUGCAUUCACGUGCCUUGAUCUCGUUGAGAAACCCCCGAUUGGCUAAUAGCCAAAAAGCUGUCUCAAACAUUAACUAAAAGUAUAGCUAUCAGGUUUGUAAACAAAUUAGUGUUUAAAAAAACAUAUUAAUAUAUUAGCUUUUGGGUACGGUUUGUCCUUAGGUGUCUCAAAGUCCGAUUCAAUUAACCUCAAAUUGCAGGAAAUCUAAACCAUUGUUCCUGCUGCGAAUAGUUUCACUUAAAGGGAGUUUCAUUUGGUUUCCAUUUAGUAAUGAUGGUCCUAUUAUUGCAAAUAUCCAUUCCUAACUUCAAAUGUGCUUUUGUGUGGGAUGCAGGAACAAUGGUAUUUCAAAUCAAAUUUUAUUAGUCACAUGCACCGAAUACAACAGGUGUAGACCUACUGUGAAAUGCUUACUUACGAGCCCCUAACCAACAAUGCAGUUUUAAAAAAUACGGAUAGGAAUAACAAAUAAAAGUAACAAGUAAUUAAAUAGCAGCAGUAAAAUAACAAUAGCGAGACUAUAUACAGGGGGGGGUACCGGUACAGAGUGAAUGUGCGGGGGCACCGGUUAGUUGAGGUAAUAUGUGAGUUAUAUAGGUAAUAUAGAGUUAUUAAAGACCCAUGCCAAAUCAUUUCAGUCACAUGCGGGGGGAAUAGGUUUUGUCGUGCCCUCUUCACGACUGUCUUGGUGUACUUGGACCAUGUUAGUUUGUUGGUGAUGUGGACACUCCUUACUCAUACUGCUGUUUAUGUUGUCAGUAAUACUGUUGUUCCCACUCCCAUGUCUAUCGGUUUUUUUACUGUCACUUUCCCAAUGAAGCUCAUCUCUUAUUUGCGUGUGUGUGUGUGUGUGUGUGUGUGUGUGUGUGUGUGUGUGUGUGUGUGUGUGUGUGUAGCUCAUGUAUGGUCACAGUUUUUUAAAGGUCAAGCAUUUUAUUAAUGACAUGAUGCUGGGAUGCUGUAAAUACAUUGCCAAUACAAGAGAGAACAUUCCAUUCUUUUAGUUGGCUUUGUGUCUGUUUAUCUGUUGAUUGGAAUGUGCUGUGCUUUGACUAACGUUUUUGGGAAUGUAUCUCUGAUGCAGUUACAUUUUUGUGUAUAGAUGAUUUUAUUAUGUUCUAAGUGAUGAUUGGUGGUUUCGGUAUGUAUUCCGUUUGGCUGCCUCCCCUGUUCAGAAUGCCUUACGCGUCUUUUAUCUGCCAGUGAACACCCACCCCACUACAUCGCCAGAACAAGAGCUGUUGUCUCUGACUUAUAAAUAGUUAGUGUUCCCAUUUGUUUAUCUCUAUACUCAUCCCAGAAACAUGCAACAUAGCCCAUCUCCUCUAUUUUAAAGUCCCAAGGCCCUCAAGGCAACACUUCAACAAGGCUUAGUUGUAAUUAUAGUCAUCAAGUAGCCUACCAAUGUGACAAGACUCUUUAACUGGUGUUUGAGUUGGACACAGCGAUCAUUCCUUGAGCUUUUCUUGACACAAGACAUAAAGAUUUACAAUUGUUUGUUGACAGAACAUAAUUACCAGCUAUUGUUCCUUAUUCUUUAUAUCAAACAACUUUCAUACAAGCCUUAUACUUCGGUAAUCCUAAAACCAAAUGAAUUGUUCAUUCCUAAUUGGUUGCCAUGUCAGAGCAUUAGUAAGCUUUGUGUCAUGGUAUACUGUAUAUGUUAUAAACCUGCACCAUCUUCCUCCAGACCCAUCCACAUUAGCCUAGUCUGCUUUCCCACUUGUCCCUCACGUCUACGUCACUCAUGCUGUUUUGAGCUUUCAAUUCUUUGAUUAAAAAAGCAGGAAGAAUCAUCUACACACUAUACUGCCGAGAAUCAUUCUGAUGUAUUCUGUACAUACAGGUUUUGUAUUUAAAAAGAAACAAUGCAUGCAAGGAUCCCGGAUGAACGAGCCCCGUGUGUGUAUAUAUCCUCUGCAUAAAUUGUGGGGUGUUUCUAAAAAAUAAAAACAAAGGAAAAAUAAAGUGAAAUUCUUUAAAAUAA